AACCCUUCUCUCUUCACUUUCUCUCUCCUAAUAAACUCUCUCUCUCUCUCUCUCUCUCCUCAGCGUUUUCUGAAACCGCGUCUGUUACGGCGUCUCACCGGCGACGGUGGCCGGAGGAUUAGCCGGGGAGUUCCGGCCAGUGGCGGUGGACUGUGCAAUUCGGGCGGGUGCAUAACGGCGGUGGUGGUGGAGACGAAAGUGGGGUGGGUGUGAAGGAUCCAAAGCGGCGUGCAUGUGGAUGCGGCGGGAGUUCGUCGGAAUAGUGAAUAGGAAGAAGGCCUUUAAGCGGAGGCGUUGUUGGAUGGAUUAAUUGGGGAUCGCGGGGGGAGGAGGUGAUGGGGAAGUUGGUGUUCGGCGUGGCGGUGGGCGUGGCGGCGGCGGCUUGUGCGGUGGCGGCGGCGGUGGUCGGUCGGAGGGUGAAGAGCCGGAGCAAGUGGAAGAGAGUGGUCGGGGUUUUGGAAGAGCUUGAGGAGGCGUGUGACACUCCUGUGAGGAGAUUGAGGCAGGUGGUCGAUGCUAUGGCCGUCGAAAUGCACGCUGGGUUGGCCUCUGAAGGUGGUUCUAAGCUCAAAAUGCUACUCACAUAUGUCGAUAAUCUGCCUAAUGGGAGCGAGAAAGGAACUUUUUAUGCUCUGGAUCUUGGGGGUACUAACUUUAGGGUUUUGAGAGCUUGUCUUGGUGGCCAGAGGUCUCCUAGCUUGAAACAUGAUGUAGAGCGGCAGCCGAUUCCCCAGCAUCUUAUGACUGGCACAAGCGAGGAUCUCUUUGAUUUUAUUGCUACAUCACUGAAGACGUUUGUAGAGAAAGCCGAUGAUCCUGAACAGUUGGUGGCUAGAAGAGAACUUGGAUUUACAUUUUCCUUUCCUGUUAAACAAACAUCUGCAUCAUCAGGCGUGUUGAUUAAAUGGACUAAAGGAUUUUCCAUUAAAGACAUGGUUGGGCGAGAUGCUGCAGAAUCUUUACAACAAGCGAUUGAUAGGAGUGGACUAGAUAUGAGAGUAUCAGUACUGAUUAAUGACACUGUGGGAACAUUGGCUGUUGGACGUUACCAAGAUCCUGACACGGUUGCUGCAGUUAUAAUUGGCACUGGCACCAAUGCUUGCUAUCUUGAGCGUACAGAUGCCAUUAUAAAAUGCCAGGGGCUUCUUACGACAUCUGGAAGCAUGGUCAUCAACAUGGAAUGGGGAAAUUUUUGGUCUUCUCAUUUACCAAGAACUACUUAUGAUAUUGAUUUGGAUGCCGACAGCCCCAAUCCCAAUGAUCAAGGCUUUGAGAAAAUGAUAUCGGGUAUGUAUCUCGGCGACAUUGUGAGAAGAGUGAUUAUGAGGAUAUCACAAGAAUCUGAUGUUUUUGGCCCUGCUUCUACCAGGUUAUUAGUGCCCUUCAUUUUGAGAACGCCAUUGAUGGCUGCGAUGCACGAGGAUAGCUCUCCGGAUUUAACAGAAGUAGCACGGAUCCUAGAAGACAUCCUGGAGAUCACUGAAAUACCCUUGAAGGUUCGAAAGCUUGUAGUGAAAAUAUGUGACAUUGUGACACGGAGAGCUGCUCGCUUGGCAGCUGCUGGAAUUGUGGGCAUCCUGAAGAAGAUAGGGCGGGACGGGAGCAGUGGAAUCGCAGGUGGAAGAAGUAGAACCGACGUCAAACUUAGACGAACAGUUGUUGCGAUCGAGGGAGGUUUGUAUACAGGCUAUACAAUGUUCAGAGAGUACCUACAUGAAGCUCUGGUUGAAAUACUUGGAGAGCAGAUAGCCCCACAUGUAAUUCUAAAGCCAACUGAAGAUGGUUCGGGCAUUGGGGCAGCACUACUUGCAGCUUCUUAUUCAUCCAACGACACGGUACCUGUGGAUAACAACGUAAACUCGCUAUAAAUACACUCACACACAUUAUAUGAUUACAUAUAUAAAGUAUUCAUAUAGCUAUUAUACACACAAAAAGUAUAGCUCCCCUAGCCUUGUACAUUUAGCAAUUCAUUUCAAUAUUUGAUAUCUGUGUAUAAAGAAGGUUGUCCAUAUUUAAUUUUUCUUCUUCUUUCUAUUGCUUAAAGUUUUUAGUGUUCUUUCUAUUGGAUUGUUUCUUUAUAUUCAUUGCAAAAUGUGAAGUUAUGUACAAUUACAGAUCAUGAUUUCAAAUGGCAUGGAAAUAUAAUGUGAAAAUUGCCCUUUACCCUUCCCA